AUGCUUGAAGGUAAAUUCGACGAAGCCACUUUAUUAAAGAAGAUUGUUGAUUCUAUAAAGGAUUGUGUUAAAUUAUGUAAUUUCAAUUGUACUGAACAUGGAAUUACUGUCCAAGCCGUUGAUGAUUCAAGAGUGUUAUUAGUGUCAUUAUUGGUUGGACAAACUGCCUUCAGUGAAUAUAGAUGCGACAGAGAUAUCACUUUAGGUAUUGAUUUAGAUAGUUUCUCCAAAAUUAUAAAAUGUGGUAAUAAUGAAGAUUAUUUAACUAUCUUAGCUGAAGAUAGUCCAGAUAAUGUUAUGACUAUUUUUGAAGAUAAAAAGAAAGAAAGAGUUAGUGAAUAUUCCUUAAAAUUAAUGAACAUUGAUUCUGAAUUCCUUAAAAUUGAUGAUAUGGAAUAUGAUACUGUUAUAACGAUGCCAUCUUCUGAAUUUGCUAAAAUUGUUAGAGAUUUGAAAAAUUUAAGUGAAUCAUUAAAUAUUAUAGUUACUAAGGAUUCUGUUAAAUUCAGUUCUGAAGGUGAAUCAGGUUCAGGUUCAGUGGUUUUAAAACCUUACACUGAUAUGGAUAAACCAGAUGAAAGUGUUAAUGUUCAUUUAGAUAAUCCAGUUGAUUUAACUUUUGGUUUAAAAUAUCUUAGUGAUAUUAUUAAAGCUACUUCUUUAUCAGGUACCAUUACUAUUAAAUUAGCUGAUAAGACUCCAGCUUUAUUCGAAUAUAAAUUAGAUGUUGGUGGUUAUUUAAGAUUCUACUUAGCUCCAAAAUUCGAUGAAGAUGAGUAG